AUGGUUCGAGCCUUCGCUUCGUCUCGAGACAUCGGUCACGAGAAUGUCGUCCGCGUAUACAAUGAGAUUACUCGAACGACCCGUACAAAAAGCUAUUAUUUUCAGAACGGAAACAAAUCAGCACCAAUCUUGGUCUGGCUACAAGGCGGACCGGGAGAGUCGUCGAUGUACGGACUCUUCCUGGAAAACGGUCCCUACUACGUCGAUUCGGAUUAUAAAGGUAAUUUUGAUGAGUUCAUCCACAGUAUGAUGAACUUUGGAACAUAUUUUUACAACAUUGGACUCAUUUUUGACAACCAGAUUUUCCAAUUUGACGAGUAUCGAGAUUUAAUCCGUCAGAGUAUUGACGCAGGAAAAUACCAAGAUGCCACUAACGUUCAUUUUGUCACUAUUUUAACACUGAUCUACAGCGGACAGUUAGACGUCAUUGUCCCAUAUCCAAUGACGUCUUCAUUCCUGAAGAAAAUGGAUUGGGCGGGUCAGGAGGAAUUCCAUUCAGCGCCUCAACAGAUCUGGUACUCACAGGAUAAGACUCGUGUUAAUGGGUAUGUCCGUUCUGCUCGCAAUUUAAAACAAAUUUUGGUGAGAGAUGCUGGUCAUAUGGUCGCCGAAGAUCAGCCAAAAGCCGGUCUGGAAAUGAUAAGAAAUUUUAUUUUUGACAUUAAUUACUAA